AUGUCGGUUAUGACAGUUAUUUAUCAAAACACAAAACUAAAAUGGUUUCAUGUAUUCAGCGAUCGUAAUGGUUAUAAUGUUAUAUUUGCCCUGGAUCACCCUGACCAUGUUUACGGUUACGGUUCAAACUAUUGGUAUAAAUUGGGACUGGGUCAUACGGAACCAGUUGAAACACCUGUACUAAUCGAUGACCUAUGCAAUCGUAACAUACAUGAGCUAUUGGUUGAAGAUUACUAUACGGUAGCCAUUGGCGGACCGGACUUCAAUGUUGUACUAAUGUGGGGCCGUUUCGAUCGUAUACUACAUCCCGGUUUUGAACCAACUGAUGUUGAUUUUAUCAAACGACCCAGGGCACUGGAGUUUCCUUUUAAGGUCCUGAAAAUUAGCCUGGCCAUACAGCAUGCCCUGAUUUUGGCCACAACAGGGCAAUUAUACGGUAUUGGGGCAAACUUGUACGGUCAAUUGGGCAACAAUAGCCUGGACAACAAUAUUAAAAUGCAUAUGCUUGCCAAAGUAGACAUCCAGGAGCCAAUUGUGGACAUAUACUGUUGCGAUUGGUCAUCCUAUGCCCUAACCAGUACGGGCCAGGUAUACAGUUGGGGUCGUAAUUAUAAUUAUUAUCUAGGUCAUCGGCACUGCGAUGAUGUUUAUCGGCCACAACUGAUACAAAGUUUAGCUAAUAUUCGUAUCCAAUCGAUAUGUUUGGCCGAUAGUAAAUCACAUUUCCUAUCCGUUAGCGGCCAAUUUUGA